GCUGCGAGGUGAUGUAGUGUGCGUGUGUUUCGUGCGUGCGAUGUGCGUUGCGUAGCGUACGCGCGUAAAACUGCUGGAUCUGCGGCUUCUCCUCGCACCACUUUUUGCGCGAUUUACUUUCUUCCCCUCUCAAAAUGUUGGGUGCUCGAAACGCUUCCUCGUUGGCCACGCACGGGGUAUCCCAGCUCUAUCAGGUACGGUUGAUAAGACAUCGAAACCCGCUUUAAUCUGUGCGCUGGAAGUUGGUUUACGGUUGCAUUUUGCCCACACUUCGUACGGGAACUCGCGAGCUGCGUAAACGACUCGUGCCUCUGCAUUUGGCGAGUACAGCAUGUCGAAAGCCGAGAGCCAAAGGGAACAACACACUCCUAGGUUUCUGACACCACCUUCAACGCCGAAGAGGGUCAUUGCAUACCAAGAAAAGCUAAAGCAAACCUUCAACCCAAGCUUGUUCCUGCAAAAUUUCAACUUUUCAAUACCGUUUCGAAGAAAACCGAAACCAAAGCCGAGUGAAGAUACUACAGUCUUUCCUACUCCUUACAAGACACUUUACCACCCAAGAGUUGCGAGGCACCAGCCAUUCCGCAGGUCCGAGUUCAUCGAACUUGCCAACUUUGGAGUGGUUGAAAUCGAUCCGACAGAGAGUGGUGUGGGCCACGACUUUGAGCCAGUGGUGUUCAAGAAUCCGACUUGGUGCGACUUAUGUGGUGACUUUGUGUGGGGAGCCUGCAGUUUACAGCAAGGACUUCAGUGUCAAAACUGCAAUUUUACUUGCCACCUAAGGUGUCGAAGCUUCGUUGCAUUGGAUUGUAAAGGCCACGGGGAAAUGGAGACCACCGACCUAAGCGGCCAGAAGCAGGACGAGCAGAAAGAAGGAAAUGGUCGUAUAUCACCAUUGUUUCUUGAGGACCUCCCUAAAGAUGAGCUCAUGUCACGAAUUGAGUCCUACAAUCUGCAGGAACCCGGGCUUGACAUGGUUUUGCAAGAAGACGGGUCUGUACGAGGUUUUGUGAGGGUACGCAUGAACCUAAUGCGUCCUAUCAACGUUGUAGCAGGAACAAGACCUCCGUCCAUUUACAACAUCCUUAAGGAUGACGACAGUGGUCGAAAGACACUUACCUCCUUCUACCUGCCCAGGGACACUAUAAAGGCUCUUCACAUUACCAGUGAAUAUACUGUGCGAGAGCUGAUAGUGGCCCUUCUAAAGAAGUUCAAAGUAGCAGACAAUCCCCGGAAGUUUGCGCUUUAUGAAAGUCAAGUCGACGAAAGCACCGGUGAAGUCAAACUUAGGAAACUUCAGGAUACAGAUAAACCUCUCUGGCUUGCAUUGGACUGGAAUAGUCGGUCUAGGCAGUUUGUUCUUCAGGAAAAUGACAAUAGUGAUAUAGAGUGGGAAGACUUUGCAAUACCGGAGCUGCAGAACUUUCUGAAGAUCCUGGAGCUCGAAGAGGAAGAGUACCUGACCCAGCUGAAGCUGAAGUAUGACCUCGUGCGCUCCAAAAUUCAAGAGGCAAUGGACUCAUUUCCAAAGCCUGGAACUGAAGUUCUUGACACCCAAGGUUCUGAGGCCCACGGGCCUGAGUACACAGAAAACACUCCAAGCUCUUGAUUUUGGCAUUUGAGCUAGAAUGUUAAAGAUACCGGUGCACUUUUCAUGCAUGCAGUAGGCCCCCUGUAAGUUGUACUAUUGUUAACAGAUAUGUGAAUGGUACAAUCCAGCCAUCACUAGCACCAAAUCAGAAGGUGAUGGUUGGCACUUGUGUGUUCAAAUUGGAGUUCACCAUGCAGUGCUCCAUGCUUUGCAAGCAAGAACUACGGGCAUCAUUAUUUGGCAUCUGUGAGACCAAAUCCUGGAUGUUUUUUUUUGUGUGCAUUCAGCAUUUUAUUUUUCCAUCACAGUAGUACCUGCAUUUGCAUACGGUUUGCUUCCUUUUGCUUGAGAUGGCUUCUUUCAUGAUGGACUGAAGCAAAAGGACUUCAGACCUCUCACAUGCAAUACUGAUGUGCCUAGGGCAUUGACAGGCCUUUCUGCUCUUUCUUCUUUUGUGUGUGUGUACGUGUGAAAGCAGUAGGUAAUGUUGACAUAAUCUGCACGUACAGUUGAAAAUCCAUUAGCUGUUUACUCUUCAUUUAUGUCUUCUUCAUUUGCAAUGGAUUUGGAUGGCUGAUAUAUGAAGAGUAUUGUACUGUAGGUAGUGAAAAAGUGAGUGAUGCCUUCUUCUUCUUUACUUUAUUUUCUCUUUUCUUUUACUGACAUAUUGUCUUUAGCUCCCACAUGUAUGUAGAGUACUAAAAAACUUGCAUAUUAUGUAUUAACCCGAGUAAUAAUACAGUAGGUAGUUUUGGGGCUAUGAUAAGGAGAAGCUUGUACUAUGCAUAUAGGAGAAACAGAAUACACUGCUUUUUUGGCCUUAUAAGGCCUAGAAAACAUGUAAACCACUGAACACUAUUCCACCCAACUGCAAUACAGGAAGUUAACCUUAUGUAUCAUUUUCAUCUCAUUUGUGUAAUGCAAUAAUUGUUGCACACAACUUUUUUUUCUUUACAUCUAUAGGAGCUUUAAUAGAAGGAUCACAAAUAUGGUCUUGUGAAGUCAGAGAGAAAUGUUAUGUAGCUGAAAUCGUAAUCAAACAGUCUCAGCUAAUCAGAACACGGUUUUGUGUAUCCCACACGCUUAAUUUAAUCACCUGUGACAGUCAACUUAAAAUGUCUUGCUCACUUUUGCAUUACUUUUAGUACAUCUCCUCCAUAUAUGCUCCAUGCAUAGUCGUUGAUAUUCUUUUCGUUGUGAUGAGCACUGUUCUCUCACUCACUGAAGUUUCUAAAGUCGAAUAGAUACCGAAAAAAAUCUUAAGGUAUUUUACAACAUUAUUGUAGAACAUUGGAGUAAAAUUUUCAUGCUGUAUGUGCUACUUUGUGCCACAAAGCAGCCUGAGUGCUGUUGAAACAGAACUUCCCAAACUUCAUAUAAAAAUAUGCUGCUAUUAACCAUUGCCUUACACAAAUUGGAAAAUUAAUUUGGCACCCUCCACUACAGCAUCUCUCGUGAAUAUUCAAGAGGUUAAACCCCACAAUUUAAUUUUCUUUCAAUGUAAUUUGGAUGCAGCGCUGCGAACAGCACAAAUUUCACUCAAUAAUUGACGCACUGCAUGGUAGUAACCCCAGUGCAAUCUAGGUAUCAUUACUGGAACCAUUCAUAGCAUUUCUUUUUCAACAGUGCUCUUUGCUCUGCAAGAUAUUGGUGAUUUGGCAGUCUCUCUGGAAAUAUAUGAGCAAUAGCAAGUGUUAUUUUCCUGAUCAUAUAAUCCUCUCCAUGUGGACCGCCUCUGUCCUGCAGUGUUAGGCAUGUCUGAUGCAGAAAAGGUGCAGGUGCUACAGGCCGUGGUGCGCUGAGCUGCACCCACUCGCUGCAAGGUUCAAGGGUUCACUGCGCUGUGGUUACUGCAGCUUACCAUGCACCCUCAUGCAGUCGAGGACGGGGUCGCAGUGGGCACCGCUGUAUCUUGUACAAUCGAUGGCCUAGGUGCAGUGCACCGUGCAUGAAUAAGUGCAGAGAAACCUGGUUGAUUUGAAUAGACCUGUUAUAAGUAUUGUUGCCCACUGUCGCCAACCGCUACCAGCAGGUUGCCAGCUGUGUUUAUUUAUCAUCCUUAAAUCUCGAGGUUUGGCAAUACAUUUGGGGAGAAGGAAUAAGUAAAAGCAAGUAAGCUUUGCAGUUUGUAGGACACUCAUAUAACAAUGCUCGCCUUCACAAGUUUCCAAGGUCGUAGUUACCGUGCUGAACGUUGCAGUUUCAGCAAAAGCAAAAAGGUGUGUCUUAGAAUGGUGUGCAAUAUUUUGCUGGGCUAAUAUACCUAUCACAGUCCUCUCAUGAGCCUUUUUAGAAUAUGAUCAGCCAUUUUGUGGCAGCGAAAAAUUGCCCCCUAUCAACAGAUCGAUGCGUCCAGCAACUGAAGUAAUUUCAACAAACACGACAGCAGGCAUCAACAGCAGGCUAUAGUCGGUGCCAAAAUUAGAAUACAGUGAUAAAUACACCUCUUUCGAAAUUGAAGUUAACUUAUAUAGGUGUGCAAACUAGUCACAUUUUCUAGUUUUUAUGAUGUUACCGUGGAGGCGAACUUUCAACAUCAGUGUCUCUUGGGACCUAUGUUUUGGUGCCUGGAGGCACAGGGUGCAGAUGUAGUGCAGUUUUCUGGGAGUACUGAAUUCUGAAGUUGUCGCCAAGCUUGGUAAUGCCACAGUGCUCUUUCUUGCAAACAUGCAGGAGGUCUCCAGCUUCUCAUUGGUAGUGUCAGUUCUUGUCUUCUGAUUUUAUUAUUGCAAUCUUGAGAGGACCAACAACUUACCAAAUGCCUUAAAGUAUAGUGGAGGAAAUUAAGGAAGGAUGUGCAUUUGCAUUGGCUUAAAUCCAGCGCAACUUACGAAGGCAAAUCAAAAAUGGUUUCAAAUUGAAGAAGGCUGCAUAGAACUGAGAAAAUACCUAAUAGAAGAGUAGGCACUAGCACUGCAUGUCCACGUACCUUUCUGAAUGCCUUAUCUAGGUUAGGUGCAUCACAGCUUGGUCCAUGAAGCUUUCUUCAAUGUUUUCAUUAUUGCUAGCACCCAUUUAAACACAUUUCCUGUCAUUAAUGACCUUACAUUGACAUGGGGGCACUUACAUCAUGUAACAGGUGUGCGGCCUCUGAGCGAUCUGGCAAUGUGUCUUAGAUGGUUUCUGUGCUCAUCCAGUUGGAGGUUUCAAUUGCUUUUCAUUCCUAUCAGUGUGUUCAGCAUUCUGCCAAUACAAAUACAAAAGAAAACUUUGCAUGCCGAACAUAAUGCCUCUUACUGCACCUUCAGCAUAAUUGCUAUGUGUGAUUAGAUUGUUUUGGCUAUAUGCUUUCUGUUGCUGGGAAAAAGAAAUAUGGGUUAAUUUUUAUUUGUCCGCUGUUAAGUGUUUAGUGGGCUGUGGUUCCACUGUGAAAUCUACUGUUAUGGGCAUUGCUGUCCAUAUGCAGCAUUGUGGUGUAGCUUAUUUACUAUCAGCACAAAUUCAAACAUGCCCAAGCCAGAAACGAAUAGAUGGUGUUGUUUAAUUUCCAGGUUUACCAGCAUCUGUAGACGUGGAACUAUCUGUUCCUGCCAAUUUCAUGAAGGCAGUUUAUGGCAAAAGCCAAAAUAUGAGCAAGUAAGAUCCCUCUGAUACCUUUUAAUAUAUAUAUGCAGUUUAGACAACCAACAUAUUGGGUUAGGCUUAGAAGCAGAGGCACAGCUGGUGCAUAUGUGUACAGUUGGCAUCAAGAGUUUAUGGACCAUGGGACCUGAGAAAAAACUACAAAUUUCUGAGGGGCUUGUGACCUUAGCCAAUAAAACAAUGCAGUGCUAAAUUGUUUGCAUACAGUACAGUUGGGAAAUCCGAAUACCAGGCUGCGCGAUCAGGCUCAGAUAUAUUAAGGUCUUUCUCGGAUCCUGUGGUCUGCCAACUUUUGACAUCAUCUGCAAAGAAAGGGUGGCACAAACCAUUUUCUAGCUCAUAACUGCUGUUGCUAUAAGAACUAGGUGACCUUGUUGCUAAUUGUUUGUUUGUACUGCUGGGCACACGCUGCAUCAAAAAUUUAGCCCUUACUUUGUCUUGAGUGUGGCACAUAACAGCUGAGUGAAUGAAUAUGCAUGCUUUUUUGUAUAGGAGAGGAGUGGCGCAUGUUGCUAGCACCAAGUCAGCAUGAGGUACUGAAGGAGAAUUUGUGAUAAAAGAAGUUAACGUACCAGUUCAAAAUUUUCUAGAAUUUAUAUUUCCACGGAAAUUACACAAGAGACGAUGUCCUAUGGUUAUUGCUCGAGGACUCUUCGAUGAGGUGUCAUUACAUCAUCAAAUGUGGUAUUUGGGGCAAACUGAUGUCCUUUGAAGAAAAAAAAAGUGUUAAAGUGAAUUCUUUGUUAAGAUGAACCAUUCAGACAUCUUUGUAUAGCUUUCCUUAUAUUCAGUGCACUUCACCUAAAUUGAACUUCUGGAAUGAGUAACAGAUUAUUAGAGGUUCCUUCAUGUCCACUUCAAGAGGGUCUACUGGAUAAACUAGGUGCUUGAAGCAUUCUUACUUGUCUCCAGUGGGGAUAUGAAAUUCAACAUACAUAAGAUUAUUAUUCUCUUGCUGCAGAUUCUUCACUAUGUCAUUUAAUGCUCAGCACUGUACCAUCCCUGUAGACUGGACAUUCACCAACUUAUUUUUAUGAAAGGUUCGCUAUGUUUGGGGUGCUAGCAUUAGCAGCGCUUCAUCUUUCUAUAGUCGUAGAAGACUUGUGAGAGAGUUUUAAUGCUUUACUAAUGCAUUACCAUUAGCAUUACCAUCUCUGCUACAUGUUGGCUUUGUUCAUGCUACCUAAACUGCACCAGCUGCAUGCGUAGUGCGGGUUAACUGAGGCGUGCAAAGCUGGCAGGUGACCAAAGCAGCAUUGGCAACAAUAGGAAUGGUAGCGCAUGCUAAAACUCCCUUUUGGUAUCGUAUUGAUGCCCAAAUGUUGCUAUAGCACCUGUAAAAAAUAUUGCUUCAUUCUUUGACUUGUUUAGUACCUACAGCAGCCAGUUUAGAGACAUUACAUCACUAUGUCUCUGCUGCAUUAUGUUGAGUGAUGUUUCAUAUAGCAAAACAUUUUUAACUUGGCAAUCAGGUUCUCUGAUUUGCAUUGAAAAGAUUUGUUUAUUUGGUACUGGAGCAUGUUGCUGGGCCAUAGCGUGGUAGUUGUGCUGAGCUGUAUCCUGAAACGGAGUUGUAUACCUGAUGCUGACUACUGGAUCUAAUAUUCUGGGCUGUUCUGUGGAGAAUUCACUUUCAGCAAUACCUAUACCUUUUGCGUAACAUAUGCUGUAUUCCAUUAUUGGAAUAUGUCCUGAUAGGGGGUUGCUGACCUAGUAGUGAUCCCUGGAACUGAUUACUGGGCUGUAUUCUGCAACAAUUGCAUUCAGCAAUACUUUUAACUUUGCAUAACAUGAAAUCUGGCAUGACUCGCCAUAGGUCAAGCUGUUCUUGACACAGUGACAUUUCUCUUUCUUAUUCUAUCAAUCUGUCUGUGAACCUUAGAGGGUUGGGAUGAUAAAUCAAUACUGACACUUGCCUGGUCUGGAAAUUAUUCUAUUGCAUAUUCCCCUUCUACUUUUUCCAAAUUCCCACUAGAGGGAAAUGUGGUGCUAGUUCUUGCAGAGUUUUCCAGGGAGAGGUUUCAUCUUGCAUGGGAAUAAUGGCAAGUGCAGUUGUUGGACGCAGCUUGAAUGCAUAGUAACUGCAGCUUCGUAGUAACCUGUUCUGGUGACAAAACGAUGAUGACAUAUGGAAAAAAUUUUGUGCCUGCUAUGACGAAUUUAUCGCUAUAAGUGUAGGGUACAGCAUAAGGCACUGUGUACUUCAUAGUUUUGAGAUCUUUUGCUUGUCAAAGCUACUUUCUUCCACUAAGGGUUUAGCCAGUGGUGGUGAGUAUUGAUGACAGUACCGCCAUGCCAGUGUGAGACUGUUGUGUGAAGCAGUUUGUGAAGUCAAGAAAAAAACUUUACAGCACUAUAUAGCUGUCAAGUGACAAAGCAGCACCAAAACUACCAAGCUGCAACAAUGUGGGAAGCAUAUAGUUCAGAAGGAAGCAUGUCAUCAGGCCAGAAGAUUGAAUCUUUGGAAUGAGCUAUUCACAAGUCUACAGAUUGCUAAAGUGACUCAUGUGCUAUCAUGGGGAAAGGAAGCCCAAGCAGGAAAAUCCAAGUUACAACAAUAAAAUUAGGUGAGUCGUGCUUGAGAGAGGGGACAUUUUAGGGUGCUCCAUGAAAACAUUGACAUGCAAUAAAUUGUUCUGAAACAGAAGACAACAUUGCCAUUAUAUAAAAUUUUGUUAAUGAAAUUACCACAUAGAUUUUGUGAGUCUUUCAGUUUUCAGUCUUUCAAAAGUUCUGUUUGCAUAUCAUCAUUCCUGUAAUGUUGGAGUGAUUGCAGUGCCAUACAUCUCUGUUAGGUUCUUACGGAACUCGGUGCCCGAAAGUAACCACCUGAGAAUGGUUCUAGUCUUUAAAUGGGUCGGGUACCACUUUCUGAUGUCAGUAAGCGAAAACAUGCGAUACUGUAAUGGCCUCACUGCUCAAAACCAAGAUACUGUCUGCUUAAUAUUUAUUGUAUAGACUCUAAUGACUCAAGUGCCAUUGCCACACAUAAAUGUGAAGUUUUGUGGCAAGCUUGGGGUGCACUUACUAAAUGUUCCCUGUAGACUGGUGUGUUGCAAUGACACUAGGCUGUUUUGCUGCUUUAGACAAACUGCAAGAGAAUUUUGGUUGUGGGUAUUGUGUGAUUGGAUGUUGUGAAGGAAUAAGGUAGACUAUAUAUUGCUGCUGGCAUUGAGAUGUAGCUAAAUGUCAUCAAGAUUUUGGUGCGCUAUUCUAAAACCUGCGUUCUUUAUGCUGUUUGACGUAGCAUCUGCUCACUUGCAAUUGUUGACAUUUAACAUUCUUUUCCACCAUAGUCGACUUUCAUUCAUUUGACGUCGCACAGGAUCGGUUUUCAUUAAUUUCCAGCACGUUCAACUGUGUAGAAAGCUGAGUGUGCUUUCCUAAGGUGAAUAAGAAGUGCUUUAUUGCUAACUUUGUACACUGAGUGGCAUAUAACUUUCAAACAGGUCAGUAGUUAUCAUCGGAGAUGUAUCACUGAGGAUAUAUUCUUGGCCAACCACUUUUUGGGAUACUGCCAUCUUUGCAGGAUGCGACGUACAUUGCAAUGCCUUGUCGAAGCAGUGGGCGUCCUGUCUGUCAGCUUAUUCCAAAGAGUGCACGCUCAGUUACGCUCUUUAAAAAGAUUUACGCCCUUUUGGGCUUAUCUUGUCCCACAACAAUAAUGUCAUCUGUCUUGUCCACAUUUCCUUUAUUUUUUGCUAGGAGCCCAGUACUUCGAAGUCACGAAGGCAUGUGCGUUAUCAGCAUGACAUAGCAUUCUCAACAGGAGAGUAGUGAGUACAGUGUUGUCAAGAAAGGAAACACAAGCAAGGCAGAGGACAAUUAUUGUUGCGGGACAAAUAUACACCCCAAAAGGUGCAACUCUUUUAAGAGCGUGUGUCUGUUAAAGUGAUUGACCAAGAAAGGUAUUGACUGAGGUUUAUGGCAAAACACUCAAACCACCAUCAACAUGAGUACCGUCAUACAUGUAAUUUGCUUUCACAGCUCUGUACAAUGUUGUUAAUGUAGGAAACCUGCUUUAAUGGUAACCCAUUGAAAUUAACUGGUUUUGCAAUGUUGGCACUUGCAUAAAUGUAGAAAUGUGCAAAGCGUGAAAGUGUGAUUUUCGUCAGCUUCAUACUAGGGCUUUUCUUUUUUUUUGAUGAAAGCUGCAAAUCUGACAAUAGGUAUUGCGGACCGCUGGCCAAGCACUUCCAAAGUGCAACUAGUGCUGCAUGCCACAUAUUUUCUUCCCCCCCUUUUUUUUUUACAGUUAGAGAGUGCUACAUAUGUUUUUCAGUGCACAUUAGUCUGCCAAGACCAUUUACACAGCACAUCGCUUGCAAACAUGGAUACUGGCCACUGUGAGAAAGUUUUUCCAAUGAAUAAGCUUUAGUUUAAUGCAUAUUUUGAACGUGGUUUGGAUAAUACAAACCAAUUUGGCCUGCCCUGCUGUGGUCAAAUUAAUGAAAGUUGACUGCAACAUUUCUGCCUCAUGUUGUUGCUAGCAUUACAUGGUUUUUAUACCUCUGCUUUCUUAUUCAUUUAUUUAUCAUGAUAUGCCAUGUGAUGGCUGUGUAUAGGGAACGUGUUAUUGUUGAAUAUAGAGUGAAAUUGCUUGGGAGAAAGUUUAAUUUGAAGCCAGCUCCAAUCUUAGUGCACAUAUACAUGAGGAAAGCUGAAAUGUUCGCUUUAUGUAGUGCCUGGAGUGAUAUAAAUGAAACUGGAUAUAUUUAAAAGAAACAUAAUUCCAGUGAAUACGAUUCACUUUCCUUACUUUUUAUUGAAUAUGAUUGCACAUACACACACUGAGGAAUAGUGAUAUCUAGUUUUAUAUAUUUUUUUAUUUUUAUUUAUUUUUAAAUUUUUUUGUAAUAUACCUUACGAUGCACAUGGGGCAUUGAGUAAGGGGGGCAUAGAAUCAAGUAAGCACAUACAAUCUAGUAAGAAUAUGAAGGUAAAGAAAAAAAAAAAAACACCAGCCAAGUGCACAGCCUAAAAGUUAGAGAAACAUAUUGCCUACAUACAGCUGCGUACAAGUACAAUAAAAAGGAACUCUAUAAGUUUAUAACAAACGUAUUGCAGUGCAAGAAGAAAGUAGGAAAAAUAAAACCAAGCAGUGUGUAUGAUAGCAAUGGUUAACAAGGGUUAAGCGAGUUGAGUGAGUGCCUGAAUUUUUCACGGUCAGUUUCUGCAUCUAUAUGUUAUCAGGGAGGCUGUUCCAGAGACAAAUGUCAUGUGGUUAUAGCAUGCAGUUCUGUUAUAUAGUGUACUUUAUUGUGUAUCUUUUUUCAUUUCCUAUAUUAUUGCCAAUUUUCAUUUAAAAAAAAAAACGUCGGGAAUAAAGUAAAAUGUCUGCUUACAAGAUUCACUACAAUAUCAGUCUUUCCACAAAAUGCAACAGCAGUUGCUGAUGAGAGCAUUUCAGCUUUUCAGAUGUGUGUUGCUGGUUGUGAGCUAAAGCCUUUUCUUAAAUGAAAUUUGCAAACGGACUUUGUCCUUUGUACACACUGCUCUGUGGACUUGUUGAAAGUUCACUUCUUGGUUUGAUCGAUAGUUGGCUUCCUGGGCAUGUGCUGGGUAUUCAUUUCUUUGUUCUCCCUUUUUUUUCUGUUCUAGUCAGGUUGCUGCAUUUUAUAUUUACCAUUUCAUGACUGCUGUUCAUGUGUGAUGUUGCCCACGAAGUUGUUUUAUCCCAGUGAUGUGCGGUUGUAUUGAUCAUUUGUCUACCCUGAAGGUGGUGUAUAUGAAAUGCUGUUACUGUUAACUAGUGUGCUUUGUGUGUCACAGGCACUGUGCCAGGACACUGCUAGCCUGUACCAGUUGUUUUUGUGAUGCAAAAUUGACCUGUGUUAGUGGGAUUAUUGUGUAGGAUGUUUCUUGCGUGACACUGACAUUUACUUCCUUGGAGGAGUAAAAUUUGUCACGUGACAGAAUACUAGAAAAGUUUAUUGUUAUGUGACCCUUCAGUUGUUAUUCUGAAAGGGACAAGAAAAUAAAGCAACCCCCCCCCCCCCCGCCUUUUUUUUUAGUUGGGAUAUAUUUAUAGAACCAAGCAAUAAACAUAAAAUCUCUGCG